CGGGGCUGCUGCGGGGCGACGGGGGACUGAGGGGCGCGCGGACCGGAGACCGAGGGGCCACUUCAGGAAUACAGAUAAGUGGCUGGCGGCUGGACGUGGAUUUUAAUGAAUUUGGACUCCAUGUGGAUUUGGUCGUCCCCGUGAUUGCGAGCUGCGGGCAGCUAGAGGGGCAGCGCGCCGCCCUCGGCAGCCGGCGGCCGAGGCGGACCAUCCGGGAGCGGAAAGACAGACCGACGUCGCCGAGCUGGAACCAUGUGAGGGCCAGCCCGGGAAGGUGGAGUAGAUGAGAACCGAGAGGCUCCGUGUCCUCCUGCCCGCCCCACUCAGAAUGGAACAGAGGCGGCCCUGGCCACGGGCUGCAGAGGUUGACAGCUGGUCGGUGGUCCUGCUCUCUGUGGUCUGGGUGCUGCUGGCCCCGGGGGCCGCCGGCAUGCCUCAGUUCAGCACCUUCCACUCGGAGAACCGGGACUGGACCUUCAACCACCUGACGGUGCACCGAGGCACGGGGGCGGUGUACGUGGGGGCCAUCAACCGGGUGUACAAGCUGACGGGCAACCUGACCAUCCAGGUGGCUCACAAGACGGGGCCGGAAGAGGACAACAGGUCGUGCUACCCACCCCUCAUCGUGCAGCCCUGCAGCGAGGUGCUGACCCUCACCAACAACGUCAACAAGCUGCUCAUCAUCGACUACUCGGAGAACCGCCUGCUGGCCUGCGGCAGCCUCUACCAGGGGGUGUGCAAGCUGCUGCGGCUGGACGACCUGUUCAUCCUGGUGGAGCCGUCGCACAAGAAGGAGCACUACCUGUCCAGCGUCAACAAGACCGGCACGAUGUACGGCGUGAUCGUGCGCUCGGACGGCGAGGACGGCAAGCUGUUCAUCGGCACCGCGGUGGACGGCAAGCAGGAUUACUUCCCCACCCUGUCCAGCCGGAAGCUGCCCCGCGACCCCGAGUCCUCCGCCAUGCUCGACUAUGAGCUGCACAGCGACUUUGUCUCCUCCCUCAUCAAGAUCCCCUCCGACACCCUGGCCCUGGUCUCCCACUUCGACAUCUUCUACAUCUACGGCUUCGCCAGCGGGGGCUUCGUCUACUUCCUGACGGUGCAGCCCGAGACCCCCGAGGGCGUGGCCAUCAACUCGGCGGGGGACCUGUUCUACACGUCCCGCAUCGUGCGCCUCUGCCAGGACGACCCCAAGUUCCACUCCUACGUGUCCCUGCCCUUCGGUUGCACGCGGGCGGGCGUGGAGUACCGCCUCCUGCAGGCCGCUUACCUCGCCAAACCCGGGGACUCCCUGGCCCAGGCCUUCAACAUUAGCAGCCACGAUGACGUGCUCUUCGCCGUCUUCUCCAAAGGGCAGAAGCAAUAUCACCACCCGCCGGACGACUCUGCCCUCUGUGCCUUCCCCAUUCGGGCCAUCAACCUGCAGAUCAAGGAGCGCCUGCAGUCCUGCUACCAGGGGGAGGGCAACCUGGAGCUCAACUGGCUGCUGGGGAAGGACGUCCAGUGCACCAAGGCGCCGGUCCCCAUCGAUGACAACUUCUGUGGGCUGGACAUCAACCAGCCGCUGGGAGGCUCAACUCCAGUGGAGGGCCUGACCCUUUAUACCACCAGCCGGGACCGCAUGACCUCAGUGGCCUCCUACGUUUACAAUGGCUACAGCGUGGUUUUUGUGGGGACGAAGAGCGGCAAGCUGAAAAAGAUUCGAGCUGAUGGUCCCCCCCAUGGAGGGGUCCAGUAUGAGAUGGUCUCCGUACUCAAAGACGGGAGCCCCAUCCUCCGGGACAUGGCCUUCUCUGUUGAUGAGCGUUACCUAUACAUCAUGUCUGAAAGACAGAUCACCAGGGUCCCCGUGGAAUCCUGUGAGCAGUACACAACUUGUGGAGAGUGUCUGAGCUCGGGGGACCCUCACUGUGGCUGGUGCUCCCUGCACAACAUGUGCUCCCGCAGGGACAAGUGCCAGCGCGCCUGGGAACCCAACCGAUUUGCGGCCAGCAUCAGCCAGUGCAUGAGGCUUGAGGUGCAGCCCAGCAGCAUCUCAGUGUCUGAACACAGCAGGCGGCUCAGCCUAGUUGUGAGUGAUGCCCCCGACCUGUCUGUGGGCAUCUCCUGUGCCUUCGGGAACCUGACCGAGGUGGAGGGACAAGUGUCUGGGAGCCAGGUCAUCUGCAUCUCACCAGGACCCAAGGAUGUCCCGGGCAUCCCUCUGGAUCAAGACUGGUUUGGGCUAGAGCUACAGCUGAGAUCCAAGGAGACAGGGAAGAUAUUUGUCAGCACCGAGUUCAAGUUCUACAACUGCAGCGCCCACCAACUGUGCCUGUCUUGUGUCAACAGCGCCUUCCGCUGUCAUUGGUGCAAAUACCGGAACCUCUGCACUCACGACCCCACCACCUGCUCCUUCCAGGAGGGCCGGAUCAAUAUUUCAGAGGACUGUCCCCAGCUGGUGCCCACGGAGGAGAUUCUGAUACCGGUCGGAGAGGUAAAGCCCAUCACUCUGAAGGCUCGAAACCUGCCCCAGCCUCAGUCUGGCCAGCGAGGCUAUGAGUGUGUCCUCAACAUCCAGGGCGCCGUCCACCGCGUGCCUGCCCUGCGCUUCAACAGCUCCAGCGUCCAGUGCCAGAACAGCUCGUACCAGUACGACGGGAUGGACAUCAGCAACCUGGCCGUGGACUUCGCUGUGGUGUGGAACGGCAAUUUCAUCAUCGACAACCCACAGGACCUGAAAGUGCACCUCUACAAGUGUGCAGCGCAGCGGGAGAGCUGUGGCCUCUGCCUGAAGGCCGACCGGAAGUUCGAGUGCGGAUGGUGCAGCGGCGAGCGCAGGUGCUCCCUGCAGCAGCACUGUACCAGCCCCUCCAGCCCCUGGCUCGACUGGUCCAGCCACAAUGUCAAGUGCUCCAACCCACAAAUCACCGAGAUCUUGACGGUGUCUGGACCACCUGAAGGAGGGACUCGAGUGACGAUCCAUGGUGUGAACCUGGGCCUGGACUUCUCUGAGAUCGCCCACCACGUGCAGGUGGCUGGGGUGCCCUGCACCCCCCUGCCGGGGGAUUACAUCAUCGCUGAGCAGAUCGUCUGUGAGAUGGGCCAUGCCCUCGUGGGAACCACGUCCGGGCCCGUGCGCCUGUGCAUUGGCGAGUGUAAGCCAGAGUUCAUGACCAAGUCCCAUCAACAGUACACCUUUGUGAACCCUUCUGUGCUGUCACUCAAUCCCAUCCGAGGACCAGAAUCAGGAGGUACCAUGGUGACCAUCACGGGCCAUUACCUCGGGGCUGGCAGCAGUGUGGCUGUAUACCUGGGCAACCAGACCUGCGAGUUCUAUGGGCGGUCAAUGAACGAGAUUGUGUGCGUCUCACCCCCAUCAUCCAACGGACUGGGCCCCGUCCCCGUUUCCGUGAGCGUCGACCGAGCCCACGUGGAUAACAACCUGCAGUUCGAGUACAUAGAUGACCCCCGGGUGCAGCGCAUUGAGCCCGAGUGGAGCAUCGCCAGUGGCCACACACCCCUGACCAUCACAGGCUUCAACCUAGAUGUCAUUCAGGAGCCACGGGUCCGAGUCAAGUUCAACGGCAAGGAAUCGGUCAAUGUGUGCAAAGUCGUGAACACCACCACCCUGACCUGUCUGGCGCCCUCUCUGACCACGGACUACCGGCCCGGCCUGGACGCCGUGGAGCGGCCAGAUGAGUUUGGAUUCGUCUUCAACAACGUCCAGUCCCUGCUCAUCUACAACGACACGAAGUUCAUCUACUACCCCAACCCAACCUUUGAACUGCUCAGCCCUACCGGAGUCUUGGACCAAAAGCCGGGAUCCCCCAUCAUUCUGAAGGGCAAAAACCUCUGCCCUCCCGCAUCUGGAGGCGCCAAACUCAACUACACAGUGCUGAUCGGGGAGACCCCGUGUGCUGUCACCGUGUCCGAGACACAGCUCCUCUGUGAGCCUCCCAACCUCACAGGGCAGCACAAAGUCAUGGUUCACGUGGGCGGGAUGGUGUUCUCUCCUGGCUCGGUGAGUGUCAUCUCAGACAGCUUGCUGACCCUGCCAGCCAUUGUCAGCAUCGCGGCGGGCGGCAGCCUCCUCCUCAUCAUCGUCAUCAUCGUCCUCAUUGCCUACAAGCGGAAGUCUCGGGAAAACGACCUCACUCUCAAGAGGCUCCAGAUGCAGAUGGACAACCUGGAGUCCCGCGUGGCCCUUGAGUGUAAGGAAGCCUUUGCUGAGCUCCAGACUGACAUCAAUGAGCUGACUAGUGACUUGGACCGCUCGGGCAUCCCCUACCUGGAUUACCGCACCUACGCUAUGCGAGUCCUGUUCCCUGGCAUCGAGGACCAUCCCGUGCUGCGGGAGCUGGAGGUACAGGGAAACGGGCAGCAGCACGUGGAGAAGGCCCUGAAGCUCUUCGCGCAGCUCAUCAACAACAAGGUGUUCCUGCUCACCUUCAUCCGCACGCUCGAGCUGCAGCGCAGCUUCUCCAUGCGCGACCGCGGCAACGUGGCCUCGCUCAUCAUGACGGGCCUGCAGGGCCGCCUGGAGUACGCCACCGACGUCCUCAAGCAGCUGCUCUCUGACCUCAUCGAGAAGAACCUGGAGAACAAGAACCACCCCAAGCUGCUUCUCCGGAGGACAGAGUCUGUGGCUGAGAAGAUGCUGACCAACUGGUUUGCCUUCCUCCUGCACAAGUUCCUGAAGGAAUGUGCGGGGGAGCCACUGUUCAUGCUGUACUGCGCCAUCAAGCAGCAGAUGGAGAAGGGCCCCAUCGACGCCAUCACGGGCGAGGCCCGCUACUCCCUGAGCGAGGACAAGCUCAUCCGGCAGCAGAUCGAGUACAAGACCCUGAUCCUGAACUGCGUCAACCCCGACAAUGAGAACAGUCCGGAGAUCCCAGUGAAGGUGUUGAACUGUGACACCAUCACACAGGUCAAGGAGAAGAUCCUCGAUGCCGUCUAUAAGAACGUGCCCUACUCCCAGCGGCCGAGGGCCGUUGACAUGGACUUGGAGUGGCGUCAAGGCCGGAUCGCCCGGGUCGUGCUGCAAGACGAGGACAUCACCACGAAGAUCGAGGGCGACUGGAAGCGGCUCAACACGCUGAUGCAUUAUCAGGUGUCAGACAGAUCGGUGGUGGCCCUGGUCCCCAAACAGACCUCGUCCUACAACAUCCCGGCCUCUGCCAGCAUCUCCCGGACAUCUAUCAGCAGAUACGACUCCUCCUUCAGGUACACAGGCAGUCCCGACAGCCUGCGGUCUCGAGCCCCCAUGAUCACCCCAGACCUGGAGAGUGGGGUUAAGGUGUGGCAUCUGGUGAAGAACCAUGACCAUGGGGACCAGAAGGAGGGUGACCGAGGCAGCAAGAUGGUAUCUGAGAUCUACUUGACCCGGCUACUGGCCACCAAGGGCACCCUGCAGAAGUUCGUGGACGACUUGUUUGAGACCUUGUUCAGCACGGUGCACCGAGGCAGCGCUCUGCCCUUGGCCAUCAAGUACAUGUUUGACUUCCUGGAUGAGCAGGCAGACAGACACGGCAUCCACGACACGGACGUGCGGCACACCUGGAAAAGCAACUGCCUCCCCCUGCGCUUCUGGGUGAACGUGAUCAAGAACCCCCAGUUUGUGUUCGACAUUCACAAGGGCAGCAUCACGGAUGCCUGUCUGUCUGUGGUGGCCCAGACCUUCAUGGACUCCUGCUCCACAUCAGAGCACCGGCUGGGCAAAGACUCCCCCUCCAACAAGCUACUGUAUGCCAAGGACAUCCCCAGCUACAAGAGCUGGGUGGAGAGAUACUACGCAGACAUCGCCAAGCUCCCUGCCAUCAGCGACCAGGACAUGAAUGCCUACCUGGCUGAGCAGUCCCGCCUGCACGCGGUGGAGUUCAAUAUGCUGAGCGCCCUCAAUGAGAUCUACUCCUACGUCAGCAAGUACAGUGAAGAGCUCAUCGGGGCCCUGGAGCAGGACGAGCAGGCCCGGCGACAGCGGCUGGCGUACAAGGUGGAGCAGCUCAUAAGUGCUAUGUCCAUCGACAGCUGAAAGAUGGAGCCGCACGUUCCCAGGAAGAGGGGCCGGUGAAAGCUGUCACACUGGGCGUCUCAGAAGGAAGGACAAGUGAAGGGGAGCAGACCCCAGAGCUUGCUGUCCCCUGAGACCCCAUCCCGGGGAGAGGGGAGGGCCCCUCCCCCCCACGCCAGCCACGGCCCGUCCCCGCGGCCCCUGCCAGGAGAGACCGCGGGUAUCGUCCACCCACAGGAACCACGGAGAGAGGCAGGGGGCACAGAGAAGGUGGUUCUUCAAGCCGAGAGGCAUGAACUGGGGAACAGUUCUGCCUCUGUGACUGCUGCUUUGCAUGAAAACUCAUUUGAUGUAUAUUGGGGAAAUAAUGAGAACUUUAUUUAAUUUUUUUUAAGAAAAAGGAAAAAAAAAAAACCAGAAAUAAAACAAAACAAAAAGCCUCCCUGUUCAUCCCGUCCCACUUCUGUUUCAAUCUGAUGUCCGUCCCCAUUCCUUCUCCCCGCCCUCCCCCUCUUCCUCAAAUGACUCCUAUUUCCAAAUGCCAGAAAAAGCCUGCAAAGAGAAGCUGAGAGGAAUUGGAAGGGAAGUGAUCAUUUGCUUUCCCUUGAAAUGACAAGAACAUGAGAAGGAGAAGAAGAAUGAGCACAAGUUCACACCAAACACUUCGCAAAAUAGAGGCCUGGACAACCUGGAAUCAUCCCGGCGGCCCUAGGACAGUGGCAAGUACUGAACUUAGCACUGACCGUGGGGCCACGGAGGGUCUCAGCCUGGCUGCCCCGGAAAGGAGCUUUAUGGACCACACACCUGUAUAUUCUCAUCUCUGGAGAGAUCUGUGUCUGUAGGGUACCAAUGCUUUCUGCUACUGUUUUGUUUGUUUGUUUGUUUGUUUUCUUUUAUUUAAUCUCAAACCUCAAGAAAUGAAGAGCUGACCUUUGGUACUUUUCCCUUUGGUUCCCCUAAAGUUACUAUCAGAAGUGGGGGAGAGGUGGGCCUCUCCCAGACCAGACGCCUGGCCUCCCUGAGGACACUGGGCAGCUUUGCCUUACAUCAGUCCCUGUCAUCAACCAGGUCCCCUGGAGAGGAGUCUGGUGUGUGUGGCCCCGGCUUCCAGGAGAUCCCAUCUGGGAGCUGAUUUGGGGACAUGAGUGUUUGGUUGUAAGUUCUACUCCAAUCUGCUGGGGGUUUCUUGCAAUUAAAGAGAAAGCAAAAACCAAACACUGUUUACAGCAAGCAAUACUUGAAGAGCAUCAGUUAAAGAAGUGGCCGCCUGUAUUGUGAUGCUUUCUUUCUAUCCUUCUCUUGUGCCUGCAGAGGGGAGACAACCCUCUGCUCAUGUGUGGAAGGAAGCUCCUGGUCGAUCAUAUGAGCCCUUGGCUCAGUAGAAAUGACUGUAGCAUCCUCACAUGACUGUCUCCUGCCUCCCUGUCUGCCUCCCACGUCCCUGUGAAUUUGAAGGACAAGUGGGUGGCUUCUCACCGGGCUUCUUCCUUUUUCUCUCUCUUCUGCUGACACCUAAAACCAUGGAUGGCCAACCCUUCUGAGUGUAGUUUCUAAACAGAGAGACCAAAGCUCCACACCUUGGCCCAGAGGGCCCAUGAAAGCCAGUGGGAGUCAUCCAGGGGAAGGUGGCUCUGUUGGCAGCAAGACCUAGGCAACCGGGACAGCCUUCAGAGUUUGCAGGCCUUCCACGCUGGCAAGGAUCCAAGCAGGCAGCUCCAGCUUCUCUGUAAGCAGCAUCAGAGAGAGGGAGAAGAAAGGCCAGGGAAAGGCAAAGGGGUGGGAAGGGGGCAGGCAGGAAAGAACCAUCCUCCCCUUCCCACCUUCCACUUUUCAGGGGGCUGCAGUGUUGGGAAACUGGACCAGCCAGCCCGAGAGAGACCAGACCAGGGUCAUUUCCUCUGUAAUUAACUCUGGGUCCCAGCUUCUCUGUGCCCUGAUUUACCUCCAAACAAUUCCAAUCUCCAAAGGCUCUGCUGACCACAGUGGAUUCCCAGGAAAGGGCUCUGGGAGGGGGAGCUCUGAGGGCUGGCUUCCAUCCCUGGCGUGUGGCUCUGGAUCGCUGCACUAACCACACAGCAGACAUUGCCUGGUCUCCUCAGCUUCAGUUCCUCGCCUGAAUGCAGCUGACGAAGGGAAAGAGAAAAGCAUUCAGCAAAAAUACUCAGGAAACUCGCUCUUUUCAUUAUAAUUCACAGCCAGCCAUGCCAAGGCCACUUUCUUCUGAUAAUCCACUUCUGCUAAAGUUUCUCUGGGCCCUAUUAAUAGCCUGAAAGAAAUACUAAUGACUGGCCUUCUGCACUAAGCCAAAGUGUUUGCUCUUCAUAGCACCCAAAGCUUAUCAGCUCGGAGCCUGUGAUUAACGGUGAUGAAAGGAGAGAAGAUACAGGCAAGAGGAACGUAAGUGGGGGUCGCUAGGGGCCACCGAAAAUCCCCGCCCACCCACACAUGACUUCUGAGCUCUGAACAAAGGUUUUCUGAUCACACGGCUGCACAGACCAGCAUCCAGGGUUUUGCUCUACGAAGAAGUGAAAGGAAGUCUGACAUUUCCACAGCAUCUCAACCAGCCUUGCCUCCACACAUCUACCUGAGCAUCUCCCAGGAGCUCCUUCGGGUGACCGUUCACUGCCCUGGGGCUGCUUCCUUGAAGGUUUCUCAAGAGUGUAGAGAAUGAUGGGGGGAUGGCCAGCUGGAGAGUGGAAGGUAGAGGACCCAGAGCUGGCAUAAGUGGCUUGGGCACAUUUCUCAGGAUUCCAUGAGAGUGUGGGGCAAGUCAGGAUGGCAAAGGAGGUGGCACGGGGAUCUCUGAGGAAGGAAGUCAGAGAAAGGAGAACUUGGUUCAACUCAAGCCAGGCCAUGAAGGUGAAAGAGUCUUGCCCCUACUCUAGCUUCCCAUCUGUCCCUCCUCCACCAGCUCUUGGCUUUGGGUCAUCAAGAACCAAUGGAGUUCACGCCAGUAGAACGUGGAGAACGGGGAGUGACUUGGCCUCUCUCUUCACUAUUAUCUAAUUUGAAGAUAUCUUGACCUCAUGUAAGGAAAAAGGCAUAGCCCCUACCCCCCAUGAAGCCCUUCCAUCUUGGAGGGAGACAGGAAGGGAAGUUUCUUUCAAAAAUCAGUCCAGUUUCAUUUGUUUCAUUAAUCUUUACAAGAGACAAUUUGCUGGAAAAGGACCCCAGAAAUAUGCUUGGCAAGACAGAAGGCGCUAAGGGACGAGACAAAGAUGGAUAAGAUAUCUGUCUUGGUGGAACAGGUCCCUCCAGCUGGCCUGCUGCCACUUCUGCUCUCAGCAUGGGGUCGGGGGGUCAGGUAUUUCUGUGCAUGCCCUCCUCCCUGCCCCACAGCACAUCUCUCAAAUCAUGUCUGACCCACCACUGCAGAAAGCUCCCUUUCUUGCGGAAUUCGGUCAUGCAAAGGGUGGAUCAGCUGUUAGUCUCGCUCAAGGGCGGGGACUGGUUCCUCCAUUCCUCCAUUUGGGGAGCCUUCACAGGCUGCUGUCUGCUAGGGACUGCUCUGGGUGCUGAGAAGCAGCAAUCAAUAAGACCAAGAAGAAUCUUCUUCUAGCAAAUUCAGUCUCCAGCUACUGGUCCCUGCCACCAACUUAAUUGGCACAGUUCUCCCCCCACCUGCAGAGGGCAGGAAUUUUGCAGAAAGGGGGCCAGAAGAAGAAAGAAAGCCGACCAACCCAGCUGCCUUACCUUAUUCUGGGGACAUUCCUUCUGCAGUGAGAGCCUCUCUCACUUCCAUGGCCGCUGACGCUUCUGGUGGCCUGUCCCCUGCUGCUUGAGCUCCUGACCUUCCUUCAUUUCCACCAAAUGAGGACAAGAAAUAGCAUUCGAGGCCUCUGGCUCCGCUGAGCAUGAAGCAGAAGCAAUGGAUGGAUGUGCUGGACUAAAAACCAUCUGGACAGAACAAAUAGAGGAUGUGAAGCCUCUGGCGGAUAAAUCUCCAGGCGCAUCCCAGUUGCCACACAGGCCCCCAUUAACCUGUAGCAGUUAAAUGCUGGGCUGACAGCUGCCCUCGGGGAGGCCAUUUUUUCCCAGUCACACUGUUGCUUCUGAGGCUCCUGAGGCCUGUCCACAAAAGACUUGAGACUCUUGGGCCAGGGGCUAGGAGGUGAUGAGAAAAUGCAAAACAGCCUCAUAGUUAUAGGGCUGUGGAAGCAGAUCCCAUAGGGAGACUUGGGAGAUCAAGUUCAGGACCUUCGAUGCCUUGUCUCAGGAACAGGCUUGGAGAAAAUGGCGGCAUCCUCUUCAUAACUCUAAAGUCUCUCUUCCCCGUCUCUUGCCUUUCUCCUGGUUUUCCCAAAGAGGGCAGUUUUAGCUCCCAGGGCUCAGUGACGCCAUGAAUAAAAGGUAAGUUUCACUCUUGGUAUCAGGGGCCAUCCUGGGAGCUGAUUGAUCAAGACCCCUGCUUAUCGAACAGAUUCUCGGCCUCUUGUGGACAGCGCCAUCUCACUCUCCUCACUGUAGCAGGGCUUCACCUUCAGACUGGGCUCUAUCCUUUCUUCUGUGCAACCUGCUUCUCCUGUCUAGCCUCAAGGAAGAUGGGAGGCACCUUUGGAUUUCAGUCAAGGCCCUGACUUUGGCUUUAUUGGCCCUCCAUGUUGACAUUACAGGGCAUAAUGGAACGUGGUCCCGCAUUAGCAAGUGUGUUGGGGAACAAGGGACAAGCUCUUUAUACCAUGAAACUAGGGACCUGAGCCCACCUGCAUCUCCCCCCAACUUCUCCUACCCAAACCCGCUCUUCUUGACACACUGGAAUCUGUAUUAUAUAUAUUUUUAAGAAAAUACAAUGAUAGUUGUCUGGUUUUGUUGUUUUUACAGGUGUUGUGGAAUAAAAACCGUAAGAAAAUUAAGUAUUUAAAAUGUUACAAUAAAAUGGGGGUUUUUUGGUUAUUCUAAUAUAUUAUUGUGUACUUAUUGUAAAUAUGAAACACUCCUAUUUUGCAAGCCAAGGACACAAUUUGUACUGUUGUUAUAUAUAAAUAAAGUUUACUGGAUAAAAAAGAAAA